AUGCUACCUUAAAUAUGGAAAAGCCACGCCGCGCUGCGAGCUGCGCACACUUCAGCCAAACACAAAACCACCGCUUUCUCCAAGAUGGACCGAGGCUUGCUGUGACCGACUCUAGCGCGAUAUGAGCUUCCAGUGCUACUUUCUACGUGUUAUUUGCAGAAUCGGAGAGGCUUCACUAAACUCCUGCGAGAUAGUUCCAGUCAGGGCUUAGUUUUUUCUUUUUUUUUUUUUUUUGGAUCACUUGCUUCGUUUUAUCCACGUUGAAAAGCGCGACUGAGCAGGAGAAUACUGUCAGAAUCGGACGUGGUUGCUCCAAGAGUUUGCCGUCUUUCUCGCCAACUUCAGCCGAGCACGCCCGCCGGAGCUUGACGCUUCUUGGAUCAUCUUUUGGAAGACAACGCUUGGCAACAUGACUUCAGACAAGAGCAAGAUGGAGGAUGAAGCAGUCCUGGACAGGGGAGCGUCUUUCGUCAAGCAUGUGUGUGACGAAGAGGAAGUGGAAGGUCACCACACUGUGUACAUCGGCGUGAACGUCCCCAAGAGCUACCACCGGAGGAGACGCCACAGACGCAAGUCCAGCCACAAGGAAAAGAGAGAGCGGGCGGAGCAGAGCGUGGAGGGCUACAAGUCGGACGGGGAGAACGCGGACGAGAGCACGCCCAGCAUCCUCAAGCCUCUCAUUUCCCCCGCGGAACGGAUCAGGUUUAUCCUGGGAGAGGAAGAUGACGGCCCCCCUCCUCCCCAGCUCUUCACCGAGUUGGACGAACUGCUGGCCGUGGACGGACAGGAAAUGGAGUGGAAAGAGACAGCCAGGUGGAUCAAGUUUGAGGAGAAGGUGGAGAAGGGCGGAGAGCGCUGGAGUAAGCCUCACGUGGCCACGCUGUCCUUACACAGCUUGAUGGAGCUCAAAACCUGCAUUGAGAAGGGCACCAUCAUGUUGGACCUCGAGGCGACCACGCUGCCGCAGGUGGUCGAGAUGAUCACCGACAGCCAGAUUGAGAGUGGCCAGCUGAAGGCCGAGCUGAAGGAGAAGGUCAUGUACACGCUGCUGCGCAAGCAUCGCCACCAGACCAAGAAGUCCAACCUGCGCUCCCUCGCGGACAUUGGGAAGACUGUUUCCAGUGCAAGUAGGCUGUUUUCCAACCAGGAGAACGUGCGCAGCCCCCAAGAGCACCCUGUGCCUUCUUUUACUCCCCAAGACUCAGAGGAACCAUGUGAGGAGGUUGUUCGGAGCUCCAGCAUGGGAUACCUCUGUAGCCCAACCACUGCCCAUCGCAACCUCACCUCCAAUAGCCUGAGCGACUUCUCUGACAAACCAGAGAAGGAUCAGCUGAAGAACAAGUUCAUGAAAAAGCUGCCCCGUGAUGCAGAGGCGUCCAACGUGCUGGUCGGAGAGGUCGAUUUCCUGGAGACUCCCUUUGUGGCGUUCGUCCGCCUGCAGCAGGCGGUCAUGCUGGGGGCGCUCACCGAGGUCCCUGUGCCCACGAGAUUUCUGUUUGUGCUGCUGGGCCCCAAAGGCAAAGCAAAGUCCUAUCGUGAGAUUGGAAGAGCCAUUGCCACCCUGAUGUCUGAUGAGGUAUUCCACGAUAUCGCCUACAAGGCUAAGGACAGGCAGGAUCUUCUGGCCGGGAUUGAGGAGUUUCUGGAUGAGGUCAUCGUCCUGCCCCCCGGAGAGUGGGACCCUGACAUCAGGAUAGAGCCACCCAAGACUCUUCCCUCACCCGACAAGAGGAAGAACAUGUACGCUGGCUUAGAGACACCCCAGAUGAACGGCGACACUCCCCAUGACGGGGGUCAAGGAGGAGGAGGAGGCCACCAUGUUGGAGAAGAACUUCAGUGCACGAGAAGGUUUUGCGGAGGCCUGAUUCUGGACAUCAAGCGGAAGCUGCCGUUCUUCGCCAGCGACUUCUACGAUGCGCUGCACAUCCAGUCUCUAUCGGCCAUCCUGUUCAUCUACUUGGGAACCGUAACCAACGCUAUCACGUUCGGCGGGCUGCUCGGAGACGCCACAGAAAACAUGCAGGGAGUGCUGGAGAGCUUCCUGGGUACGGCGCUGACAGGAGCGAUAUUUUGUCUGUUUGCCGGGCAGCCCUUGACGAUCCUCAGCAGCACGGGCCCGGUGCUCGUCUUCGAAAGACUCCUCUUCAACUUCAGCAGAGACAACAACUUCGACUACCUGGAGUUCCGGUUGUGGAUCGGCCUGUGGUCGGGCCUGUUCUGUCUGGUGCUGGUCGCCACGGACGCCAGCUUCCUGAUCCAGUACUUCACCCGUUUCACCGAGGAGGGCUUCUCCGCGCUUAUCAGCUUCAUCUUCAUCUACGAUGCCUUCAAGAAGAUGAUAAAGCUGGCCCACCACAACCCAAUCAAUUCCGCCUACGAUCCCAACUUUGUCACACAGUAUGACUGCCGCUGCCUGCCCCCCUUAGCCGGUAAUUCAACUGAACCCUACAUUGAUGCCUCUUCCUGGAUGAACAGUAGUGAUCUGCCAAUGAACGCCACCUGGAUGUCCUUGAGCAAGGACCAGUGUGUGAAGUACGGAGGGAGGUUGGUCGGCGAGACGUGUGGCUUUGUGCCUGACAUCACCCUGAUGUCCUUCAUGUUGUUCUUCGGGACCUACACCUGCUCCAUGUGUCUGAAGAAGUUCAAGACCAGCCGCUUCUUCCCCACCAGAGUGAGGAAGCUCAUCAGUGAUUUUGCAAUCGUCUUGACCAUUCUUCUGUUCUGCGGCGUGGACGCCUUUGUCGGUGUGGACACUCCUAAGCUCAUUGUGCCAAGUGAAUUCAAGCCCACAAGUCCACUGAGGGGCUGGUUUGUGCCCCCCUUUGGAGGGAACCCUUGGUGGGUGUACCUGGCAGCUGCUCUCCCCGCUCUGCUUGUCACUAUUCUGAUAUUUAUGGACCAACAGAUCACCGCGGUCAUUGUCAACAGGAAGGAGCACAAACUCAAGAAAGGGGCAGGGUAUCAUCUGGAUCUGUUCUUGGUGGCCAUUCUGAUGAUUGUCUGCUCGUUCAUGGGUCUGCCUUGGUACGUGGCUGCCACUGUCAUCUCCAUUGCCCACAUUGAUUCCCUGAAAAUGGAGACCGAGACUUCAGCCCCCGGGGAGCAGCCCAAAUUCCUGGGUGUUCGGGAGCAAAGGGUCACCGGUAUCUUCGUGUUCAUCCUAACAGGACUCUCUGUGUUCAUGGCUCCCAUCCUCAAGUUCAUUCCCAUGCCUGUGCUCUAUGGCGUGUUCCUCUACAUGGGCGUGGCGUCUCUCAAUGGUGUACAGUUCAUGGAUCGCCUCCAGCUGUUCCUGAUGCCAGCCAAACACCAGCCAGACCUGAUCUACCUGCGCCACGUCCCGCAGAGACGCAUCCACCUCUUCACCUUCAUCCAGGUUGUCUGUCUGGCCAUGCUCUGGAUCCUCAAGUCCACUGUGGCUGCCAUUAUCUUCCCUGUCAUGAUCCUGGCGCUGGUGGCAGUCCGCAAGGCAAUGGACUAUCUGUUCUCCCAACAUGACCUCAGCUACCUGGACGAUGUCAUCCCAGAGAAAGACAAAAAGAAGAAGGAGGAUGAGAAGAAGAAGAAGGGCAAGAAAAAGGGAAGCAUUGACAGCGAAAUGGAAUUUUCUGAAUAUCCCUACCAUGAAAAUAUCCCCAGUAUAAAAAUCUCUAUGGAUAUGAUGGAGCAGGAACCCAUGUUGGGGGAUAAAUCUUUGAAUAGAGAUGAAUCCCAGACUUUCCUUAACCCGCAUUCAGCGUGCUGAUCACUACUAUGGGCCUCGUACAGUUGCAGAGUUAGAGAGAAAUCCAUACAAAAAAGCGAUGCCUCAGAUUCGAAUAGAUCUGGAUUCAGACGAUAACGGUUUCCUCUGGAAGAUUCCACGACCGGGCUGUGAAAGUUCUCUGUAAAUAAGUUCUCCAAAGACCCGACAGAACCGGCAAUACCUGCACAACAGAACAAAACACGACAAACACGAUCCGCCUCUUUUCUACGAUAGUACCGCUUUGCAGCGAUACUGGUGACAUUCCUCACAAGUGAGGGCUUUAAAUUUGAACUGCUGGAACUGUUAUUUGUUUUAAAAUUGAAACAUCGGUGGUACUGCAUUUGAAGGACAGGUUUGUGGGAGUGGGGGACGCAGCAUAUGUUUGAUAACUCUUCUAAUGUAGCAAACUAAAGGGCUUCUGGAUAUUAUCAGUACACAGCUUUUAUUGGAUUUUUUUUUAUUCACGGACAUAUUCCUAAUUUAUUAAGCAUCCAGCUCAAGCAAUAUAUAAACUAUGUCCACAGGAUAAUUUAAUAAUACAUCCUAAAUGGCAUAUCAGGCUGUGUUAUUACAGAUGGGCUAAUACUAUCCACAGCAACGACAAGUUUUUAUUUUGUAUACAUAUCAAGAGUCGCCCCCCCCUAUUUUCCAGUUUUAUAAAAAUAUAUAUAUUUUGCAAAAUACACCAAAACGUUACCAGCCUCUUUUAUGAUAGUACUGUUUUAUAGUAGGGUUUUUAAUGUUCCUUACCUUUUUUUUUUUUUUUUUAAGGAUUGAAAUCUUAACCACUGGAAUCAUUUGUUUUAAACUGAACCAUAUUGGAGGUACUGAAUUCGGAUGAGAGGGAAUUCCUCGCGUGCUUGUCGUGAACAAAACGGGCUACUCAAGGUCACCUGUAUGCAGUUGUUACUGAAAAUCAAUUUGUCAUGCACGCGUAGCAAUACUCCAUCAAGCAUUAAGCUAAAUCUGUAUAUUCCUAAAACAUGUCCAGGUUAGGAAUAUGUUUUUAAUAAUGUUUCAGGCUGUGAUGUUACUGAUGGUCAACGCCGUCCAGACUAGAACAAACUUUCAUGUAUGUUGUCCUUUAUCAAACACAUCACGUGGUGUUCUCCCUGUUCUCCAUCACCUGUAUUAUAUUCAGAGUCUCGGCGAACCAUUUUGCCAUUUGAAUCUUAAUUAUGGCUUUUGACCAUUUAACGUCUCAAUGUGUGCAAAUUUAUCUCCAUCCAGCUAUUUUUCCCUGUUUUCGGGAAAUCUAGACGUAUUGUACCUGUAUGUAGCUCUACCUCUUAUUUUAUGUAGGUGCCAGGCAUUAUACUUUGAAAGCAUUUAUUGUGCAAUUAUUUGUGAUCAAACACUGAUUUUAUUUUCUGAAGGGGCAGCGUAGGUUCUCUAAAUGUUCACUUUUUGAGUUCCUUUUGCUCAGACACUUAAGAUUUUUUGUUUUGUCUUGUUUUGUUUUUUUUUUUUGUCAUUAUGCAAUGAUAUGAUGUACGUUUUUGUGCAGAAUUUUAAAGGGUAAUUCCACCAAAAUUACGUUUAGGUUGGUUUUCCUUCAAAUGUCGAGGUUAACUGCCCCCUCUUAUUUUAGUUACUGACAUCAGAUUGCAUUGUGAAAAGUUUAAAGCCAGUUACCAUACAAUAAAACAUCUUUUAUUUAGGCCUAUUUUUUUUUUAAUAACUGUAAGAACUAUUCAUAAAACAAUUCUAGCUAUGCAGUUUGACAUUAUUGUGUGCUUCACCAUGAACUCAACCUAAAAGUCUUAUUUCAGUUGAAUUUUCCUUUAAAAUGUGAUUAUAAUUAUAAGAUGUAAAUGUGAGAAUUUUGCAGUCUUGGAUGGGCAAUUUUUUUUAAACUGUGUAAUCUAUUAUUAUUAUUAUUAUUAUUUUUAUGCAAAUCAACAAAUAAUCAUGCUGAACUGUGACUUCCGUUCCUGGAAGAAUUACUGCAUCAAAAUGCACAUCCCGAGUGUAAGGAGGGAUUACUCAACCCGUUUCACUUUCAAAAUGCCAUUUUACAGGAUCUAAUGACUCCCUCCUGGUGGCAGUUUAAUGAGGCGGUGAACUGCACCCGGCUUUCAUUUUUCCCAGAUUGUUCCACUGGCUUGAUUGAUCCUGCUUUUUCAGGUGAUUGCAGUAUAUAAGUAGCUUAAAUUGAUUCGGGGUCAAUUUAAGAUCUUGUAAAUUCAUAUCUGAAUUGUAACCUGUGAAUGUAAUUCAUCUCAAUCAUUUGAAAUGUAAGAUGUUACUCCAUAUUAUAACUGAAGAAAAUGACAUGCACCUGCACAAUCAAUGCUGUUUUUAUUUAUGAUUGUAUUGCGAAUAAACAGGGGGUUUCACCCGCUUUCACUAUUAUAAUUAUGCAGCAGUCAACGUGUGAAGUACAAGACUGUUGAGGUAGCUUCAAACCAAAAAUCUACAAUAUCUUAGUCUUCCAUUUUUGUUCUUUUUUUUUUUUUGUUAUCUGUCUUUUAUCUGUAUAUCAUGACUUUUUCUUUUGUGUUUUUUUUUUUUUUUGAUGAUGAUGAUCUAACUUUGAAAACCAUUUUCUACAAACAUCUUAUAUGCUCAAUAACCACACAAUACUCAGAAAAGAAGCAGAUCUCAGUACUUCAGAAAUGGUAUACUUUUAUGGACUAGACCUUUUUUUUGAAUGAGAACAAUAAAAUUAUUGAAACCAUUGUUAAA